UCUAUGGGCUUUCGGCCAUGGUGCUGCCCACUAGGUCCGCGACGAUACUCCCGUCGACCUUCAUUUUCGAUAAAGGCCGCCUGCAAAAGCUGAGGUCUGACGCUAUGGACGCAGUCUGCCUAAACAUAUGCAUGGAGUACCAGAGGACACUUGGUUCAGGGGCCUCCCCACCGUGCAGCUCGGCCUGCACCUUUACGCCUCACUCGUUGAAUUCGGCGCCAGAGGCGGCUGGGGAGUCCAUCAAAUCGGCGGUGUACGCAUCCCUCGUUGCCCUGCUUCGGACUAUCCAACCGGCGGUAUCUCCGCAAGAAAAGUGGCAAAUACUUGUGCCAAAGGUAGCGGUGGAAAUUAGGCUUUUCAACAAAUUACCCGAAGAUAUGCUCCCGUAUAUCGAACAAAACCUUUGGUCACGGCUUCAAACCAACGUGUUUGUGGAGGCCGAAAAAUCUUUCCACCAGGACCUAUUCGGCGAGCUGGCAGACCGCGUCUGCAAGUUCAGGAAUCUCUCGGAACUAGACCUAUUUUCGACUGCGACCGGAAACCAGCUUUACAGCGUACAGGACGGGGCCUUCGAAACUAAGAGACUUUUUCUCGAUGGUGACGCGGCGGCGCCGGGUCAGGGCCCCUCUCACUUGCAUGGCGUCGAAAACAUGGCAACACGCCUGGCGCACCUGGGCCUGCUGCACUGGCGGGUCUGGGCAGAUAUCGCCUACGUCGAGGCCUAGCUUGUGUCCUCUGUCGAGGUAGUUAGACAGAGAGACGCCUCUCAUCUCUGCCAAAAAGCCAGCUGAUGGAAGGAUUGCGGGAGUCCUUGUAAGGAGACUGCCCUAGAUAGGAACAACGAUACACUUUUUGGUGCUCAGAAAGUCUGAUACCGAGGACCGCUAAAGCCACGGAUCAGAUGCCCGGCAUAUCGGUUGACAGGCCUUAUCAUUUCAGCCGCACGAAUUAGCACCCGCCCCAGGUUCAGCAAAUAAAUCUGCCCACACUUGCGUGCUCGCCCAUUUGAAUGAACUUGGCUAGUGACAAAAAAUAGAUUUUGGUAGCUGGCAUCACCCUGAGCACUGAAGCGGGGCUCAGCCAGCGACGGCACAUCCGGGCCCUUCCACCACCCCUCUAGGCGCCAAAAACGUCACUAGCCCCACCUGUCAGCCGCAAGGCACUGUUACGGCGCGGCGUGCCCUCCGUGCACUUGCAGCCUUGUCUCUCGUGCGCGUUGGGUGUAUGAGACCCCUAUCGCAAUCAGAACAGCGGUCCUGAUUGUCCUGGCUUUUUAGUAGAGAUGGGAGGGGUCUCUCUUUGUCUAAUCGCCUUGACAGGCACUCUGGAUCAGCCGCAAGACAUUCUCUCUGAAGGAUCUACAGGGCUCAUGUACUAUAAGGGCAGCCUGUGACACAGAAAUUCCAGAGAAGUAGAGAGAAUACAGAACAAUCUUUUU